AGAAUUUGGCAGAUUUACGGUGCUUAUUCCAGGUUGAAGGUAGUGAUAACCCCUAUCGGCUGCACAGCUCAUACCGGAUCUGCACACGCAAAUACAACCUUUCUUUGUCCUGGCCUCCACUGAAGCUGACUUGAAACCAAUAUGAGCGCACGAUAUGACAGAGCAAUCACCGUCUUUUCUCCGGAUGGGCAUCUUUUCCAAGUGGAGUACGCGCUGGAGGCAGUGCGGAAAGGCGCCCUUGCCGUCGGCGUCAAGGGACAAGACACAGUCGUGCUAGGUGUUGAGAAGAUAUCCACUGCCAAGUUGCAGGACGCGCGCACCGUGCGCAAGAUUAUAAAAAUCGACGACCACAUUUGUCUCGCAUUCGCGGGCCUGACUGCCGACGCGCGCGUUCUAGCCAAUCGCGCCCGCGUGGAGGCCCAGAGCUACCGCCUCACCCUCGACGAAAAGGUCACCGUCGACUACAUCACCAAGUACAUCGCCGGCGUGCAGCAGCGAUACACGCAAAGCGGUGGCGUGCGACCCUUUGGGAUCUCAACUCUCAUCGUCGGUUUCGAUCCUCUGGGUGUUCCCCAGCUCUUCCAGACAGAUCCGUCCGGCACCUCGUCCGCCUGGAAGGCAAACGCCAUCGGCCGCAACUCUAAAACCGUUCGAGAGUUCUUAGAAAAGCACUUCGUAGAGACGUCCGGCAAGGACACGGUCAAACUGGCAAUCCGGGCGCUUAUGGAGACGGUGGAGGCAGGCAGCAAGAACAUUGAGGUGGCGGUGAUGGAGCGUGGCACCGGGCUCAAGGUGCUGACUGAUGAAGAAGUGGAUACGCUGGUCAAGGAGAUCGAGGACGAGAAGAAGGCGGCGGAUGCAGCCAAGCGAGGCGGGGCGGGUGCGGGCACGUCCUCGUGAGACGCCCCAGCUCUCCCCGGGGCAUGAGCGUAUCCUCGGACAUCAGCUCCCGGAUGACGUUGCGCAGGGGCUCAGGCGCGUGGGCGUGGGCUAAUACACACACAGCGUCGCGGCUGGUCGUUAGAUAAGGCCGGUGGGGGUCUGAAUGGAAUCCGUAUGAAAGAGGAGCGGGGUGGCGGUGUAUGUGGGGGGAUAGCAUGCACAUGAUGCAUGAAGGUGGGUGUCGUCGGCGUGGGGGUAUCAACUGCAUCGAUCAUGUGCACCGGCCAGUGCACAGGCGGAUAGUCCACGAUAGGUGGUGCGAGGGUAACGGAGUGGGCAGAAUGGUGUUGCGGGAGUCACCACAUUAUUGCAGUUCGGAUCGCGAACAUUGUUAUGUUGCCGCCGAUGUCUCGUACUUUCAUGUGCGCGACUCGACUACCGCUAUUACUGCUGUUUCUACUGCUGCUGCGGCGGCGGCUUCAGAUACUUUCCGCGUGCCUGGUCGAUGUUUUGUUUUAAAACUGUGCACAUGCC